GGGAGUCAUGAGAAUGGGCUAUGAAACAGUGGAACAUGCAAUACAUUUAUUCAGCGAAGAAACAUAUUCAACAGAAAGAGAAACUGAGGUAACAACAGUACAUUACAUUUUGAAGGGAGAAGGGGCAGAAAACACGUAGAAAGAUUAAUGUGUAGUCAUAUUUAUAAAAGCGUAGAGACAUGGGAAAUAAUACAAGGGAGAAAUAAACGUACAUAUAUAAAGGUAGAGGGCGCUCGUCAUCUCCAUUUAGAUGGCAUGCGCUAACAACCCCUAAAAAGAAGAAGCAAUCAGCAAGAGGCAACAGACAACCAACUUUACAUCCUUCGGAAAACCAGAGCUUCAACAACAUCUUUCGUUGCCAAAGGACAAACGCAGACCAAGAAAGUUACACACGAGGUGCAUUUCCGUCUUUCAGAACUCAGCUGUGGACCCACUGUGCAGUCUGGUAUAUAACACUGCAUCUCAGGACACGGCACCCCAAUGUCUCUCACAUCACCUACUGCCCUGUGCCUUCUGCUCAGCGGCUAUGGAGCCCUGGCCUUAUCAGGCCACUUCUGGCACAUCACUGACCUUCACUGGGACCCGCACUACAACAUGUCCAAUGACCCCAAGUCUGUCUGUCCAUCCAGCGGCUCUCAGGCUGUCCACAAUGCCGGCCGCUGGGGUGAUUACCUGUGCGACUCCCCCUGGGAUCUGAUCAACUCCUCCAUCUACACCAUGAGACACAUCCUGCCCGACCCCGACUUCAUCCUGUGGACUGGUGAUGACACUCCACAUGUGCCUAACGAGGAGCUGGGAGAGGAGAAAGUGUUGGACAUCAUUGCUAACCUCACUCACAUCCUGCAGGAGGUGUUUCCAGACACCAAAGUGUACUCUGCGAUGGGGAACCACGACUUUCACCCCAAGAGCCAGCUGCCAGCUGGAGAGAACCCCGGAUACAUCAGGACUGCAGAGCUGUGGGAGCGCUGGCUGGAGAGCAGCUCCGUCGAAACAUUCAGAAAAGGUGCGUACUACACAGAGAGGCUGCUGAACAAGACAGGCCAGCGCAUGAUUGUUCUGAACACAAACCUCUACUACAACAAUAACAACCUGACCGUGGAUCUCCAGGACCCCGCUGACCAGUUCAAGUGGCUGGAGGAGGUGCUGACCAGUGCAGCGGCCAGCAAGGAGAAGGUUUACAUCAUCGGACACGUUCCUCCUGGAUUCUUUGAGAAGAAGCGUCACACGUCCUGGUUCAGAGGCCGUUUCAACGAGCGCUACCUUGAGAUCAUCCGGAAACACCACCCCGUCAUCGCAGGGCAGUUCUUCGGACAUCAGCACACAGACACCUUCCACAUGUUCUACAACAACUCCGGGUCUCCGAUCAGCGCAAUGUUCCUGGCGCCUGGGAUAACCCCCUGGAAAACUACACUCUCGGGAGUGAAGAACGGGGCCAACAACCCUGGCAUCCGAGUCUUUGAGUAUGACCACACUACCUUGCUCAUAAAGGACAUUGUGACCUACUACCUGAACCUGACUCACGCCAACCUGGCAGGCCCGCGCUGGGAGAAGGAAUACCGGCUCACCGAAUCCUUCCGCGUGCCCGACGCUUCGGCCCGCUCCAUGCACGAGGUGCUGCGGCAGAUGGAGACGGACGACUGUGCCCUGCAGCGACAUUACCGCUUCAACUCCGUGAGCUACGACCUCUCGCACUGCGACUGGGCCUGUCGCGCGGACCACGUGUGCUCGAUCCGCGAGGUGGACUUCUCCAGUUACGAGAAAUGCGUCGUCACAGAAGGUGUCACUCUCCUCUCUCUAGCACCGGUUUUACUGCUGCUGCCAGCCACCCUGUCAUGGGAUCCAAUGAUGUAACUGAGGCUGGAUCUUAGUGCUGUCUGCUUUGUAAGCUAAUCGUUUAUUAAACCUGUCCUUGAAUGAGGAACUGUAUUUUAAAAAAAAUCUGAA